CAAUAAAAACAAAAGUUACACGACCAAGCGGACCAAGCAAGCAUUUAUUUUAUUUAAUUUUAGAAAUACAAUAUGGAAAUGAGUAUUUUUAAACAAAAUAUUAAAAGAGAUAAUAAAAAAUAAUCAGCAAAAUUUACACAUUUAGUAGAACGAAAUUAAAGGGGCGACCCUGCGAUUGUCACACUUGCAACGACCAGCAACUUUACUGCAUUCGAUCAUAUGUUUUCUGCCAGAUUUUCCGAUUUGUUUUGCACAUUGCACCAAACUACACUGCGACGGUCGGUACGUAUUCCGAUUUCAAUGAAUUUAAAUGGAGGAAACACUACAACCACAAGUGGCAAUAGCGAUACCAACGAGGUGUGCCUUUGGAGAACCAGUGAGCUGCUAAAAGGCUGUCAUACAGUGGGGAGUGGUUAUGCUUGCAUCGUGCUUAACCGGCCAAUACAAGUGUCACCGCCGAUAGUUAAAAAAAUAUGGCAAAAUGCACAAAUUCGUUGCCUAAUAGAUGGUGGCGCUAAUCACUGGAAUGAAUUCAUGCAUAUGCAUUGUGAGGGAGAGAAACUAAAGCUACCGGAAUAUAUAACUGGAGAUUUCGACUCCAUUACAGAAGAAACAAGGAAACUUUUUAGUGCACCAGAUAUUAAAUACCAACACACACCUAACCAGAACGAGACAGAUUUUACAAAAGCUUUACGAUUUUUGCAACCACAGAUGAAAUCAGAAGACAUACAGGAAGUUAUUGUAUUUCAAGAGAAUACAGGCCGUCUAGAUCAGAUAAUGGCGAAUAUAAAUACUUUAUUCAAAUUACAAAGCGAUCUACUUAACAUAUAUCUCUUGAGUAGUGCUUGUUUGAGCUGGCUACUUCUGCCGGGUAAACACAAAAUUAUAAUACCAAAAGAACUAGUCCACUGUCAGCGUUGGUGCGCAUUGAUACCGGUUGGUAGUAGAGCGAAUUCAGUGACUACUACAGGAUUGAAAUGGAAUUUAUCGAAAUCGCCUAUGGAGUUUGGUCAUAUGGUUAGCACAUCAAAUACCUAUGCUGCUCAAGAGGUAUGCAUAGAAACAGAUAGUGGUUUAAUUUGGUCUAUGGGAUUAUGGGCACAAAAUGACUAACAAUAGUAGUACUUCAAAUGACACGUUAGGCUUAGUAGAUAAAUAUUAAUGUAGUGUAGUAGGUAGCUAGUUAUGUAAGUAGUUAAACUUAAAUUGCGAAAGCUAUACUGCAAUACGUUCCAUGGUAAUUUUUUUUUCAAGAAAUGUCUGAUAAGAUCUUAGGAAAGCAUGUUGCGUCUGAUGAGUAAUGAUCUAUAGUUGCGUUCAAUGAAAUAUUUAUCUAUUAGAUAAUUAUUUGCGAUUGUGCAAAAUGUGUUUGAUGUUACACAAACCUGUAAAAGGGCAUGCUUUUGCCAUCUUGUCCUUGUCCAGCAUUUCAUAAAAGAGAAAGGGGCAUCAAAAUGCGACAUUUUUUGGUAGAAACCAAAACAAUAGGUUUGGGAUAUUAUUUUCUUUGCACUAGUUUAAGAAAAAUUGUGCCAUUUGUCAGCUCGAUAACGCAAAAUAUUGUCCAAUUGUUACAAAGAGAAGGGUCCAAGACGAAUAACGGUGUACAUUUGUCCUUCAAUUUUUAAACACAAAU